UCCUUCCCUCGCUCUCCCUCGCAUUCUCUCGCUCUCUCGCGCUCUUUGUGGAGAAGUAGAGAAGGAAGAAGAUGGCCGGAAGAGGGAAGUCUCUGGGCGCCGGUGGGUCGAAGAAGGCGACUUCAAGGAGCAGUAAGGCUGGACUGCAAUUUCCCGUUGGCAGGAUAGCUCGGUUCUUGAAAGCCGGCAAGUAUGCGGAGAGGGUCGGCGCUGGAGCUCCAGUUUACCUUGCCGCCGUUCUAGAGUACCUUGCUGCUGAGGUGUUGGAGCUCGCCGGAAAUGCAGCUCGGGAUAACAAGAAGACGAGGAUUGUUCCUCGCCACAUCCAAUUAGCUGUGAGGAACGACGAAGAGUUGAGCAAGUUGCUCGGUGAGGUCACCAUUGCUAGCGGUGGAGUGAUGCCCAAUAUCCACAAUGUUUUGCUUCCCAAAAAGAUUGGGGGCUCUGGUUCUGCCAAAGUUUCUGGCGAAGACGAAAGUUAAAAUUGUUCGAUACUCUCAUUUCCUUCGUCCGUGUUCUGUCUGUAGUUUUAGGUCGUAACUAUCUUCUUUCUCUCCUCCUUUUUUCGGGCCCUCUCGUUUUCCUGUGUGGAUAUCUCUAACUGUUAAAUGAAGUUCUACUUUUUA